UACGGGACUCCCAGCUGUGCUGUCAACUUCUGUUCCAGCUGCAAAAUAGUGUUUUUGGUGCUACAUUGGCGAAAAAAUAAUUUAUUUGCGUUGUGUCAUACGCGGUUUCUGCAAAUCCUGCAUUGUGCAAAUCCGUGGUCAAUGGAUUGACGUUACUCGUAAUAAUUAAGAUUAGUUGGGUGCAUUUGGGUUGCGAGAAAGUUGCAUGUGUAUUGUUAUUUUCUGUAGAUUCUUUCCACCCACAUAAAGAACUUUGUGCAGAGGGAAACAACGUAAGUGCAAAGUGAUGUGAGUUCAAAGUUUCCCAACAACACUUUUUCUCGACACUAGCCAAAUUGGCUGUAAGAACAAACGAAACUCGCAAUCAAACCCAUGUGUUAGAAAUUCUUCAGAUCAGAAUAACUGAUUGCCUUUUCUUCAAACAGCGAUAUCUGUUGAAAAACCGAAGAAGAUGAGUUAUUCGUCGUUCGAAAACAAUGGAACUGGAUCUGCUCCAGUCACCAAUGAGGCUGAUUUUCAGAAGUUGGCACAGAGCAUUGCAACUAGCAUCCAGAAAAUUCUUCAAAAUGUUUCCUCCAUGCAACGAAUGGUGAACCAAUUUGGGACGGCGCAAGAUUCACCAGAAUUGAAACAACAGCUUCAUCAGAUUCGAACUUACACACAGCGCCUGAUCACCGAUACGACUAAUUUGCUAAAUGACUUAGUUAAUUGCAAGGAACGUCAUUUGAAGAUUCAACGGGAUCGGUUGGUGGAUGAGUUCACAGCUGCGCUGACGGCAUUCCAGUCGGUUCAACGGAAAACGGUUGAUUUGGAGAAGAAUGCAAUUCGCCAGGCAAGAAGUGCCAAUGUGGCACUUAAUAAACCGCCUGGGUCAAACCAUUCCAGCAUGGGCACUUACACGGCAGCAUCCACAUUCGAGGACAAUUUCGUGAACGGAAACCAGCGGGGGCAGACACAGGAACAGCUCCAGGAGGAAAUUGAUUUACAGGCAUUGGAGAAUCAGGAACGAACGAUCCGAGAGUUGGAGGAAAACAUUCUCAGUGUGAACGAAAUUUACAAAAAGCUGGGGGCAUUAGUUUACGAACAGAGUCAUCAAGUUGAUUCCAUCGAAGCAUCGGUCGAACAAGCGAGCGUUUUCGUAUCGGAAGGAGUGCAGCAACUUAAGCAGGCCAGUCAUUAUCAGAACAGAGCUCGCAAGAAGAAGCUAAUCUUGGCCCUGAUAGCGGCUGCAAUCUUGGCCGUUAUAAUACUGCUGAUCAUCAUACGAAACUAGAAACGUAAGUCCGGAAGAAGGAUGAGGCAGGAAACUUCAUUUAUAACGGCGGACUCUUCAAAGUGGUAUGGAUCUGUUAUUUUUUUCGUUUUGAAACUAUUGUCUCAAUGCUGCUCCGUAGUUCAGUCGGUUUUAUGUUGUACACCAAUUUUCUGCAGAGAUGAUGAGAUGAUAUAUUUAGGCCGAAUUGUACCUAUAGCGGAUAGCGGAGGAUACAUCUUGUGGAUAGUUACGGAUUAUUCGAGGUCAGAAGGGAUUAAAUUUAAAACAUUCGCUUAUUGAUAAUGUUUCUGCUAUGAAAAACUAUGGGAAAGACAUGUAACUCUCCUCAAAUCAAACCCCAUUCCAACAAUUUGGGACUUUCAAUGUUUCUUCAGGCCAGCAUCAAAAAUUGUUUGCAUCGAUCGCUUAUCGGAUUUUCAACGUUAAAUGUCGAAUGCAUCUAUUUAUCGGAUGUUGAUUAUUUUUGUUAACAAACCCUGUUAUUUUGUAAUCACUUAUCACUGGAGUAAUUAUGUGUCCUCUUUGCGUUGGAACACUUUGAUGUGUUGGGUCCCAGAAAACAAAAACAAAAAUAGAAAUAAUAUCAGAGGAAGCAAUUCCAAAUAUUUUAAUCAGGCAAAGUGCAGCAUUGAGGGUAUCUUUAUAGUAAAUAGAUUACAAAACAACACUUUCGUAGUAGUGAUAUGCGCAGCAACAUUCUAUUUUAUCGAUCAAUACACAUGAGUUGAUAUUAAAUACCUACUUAGGAUUAUUUAUUAUUUACAUAAAAAAAUACUUUGUAAAUUUCUAAGAGUACUGUAUCUAUAUCUAUAUCUACAACAAUUGUUUGGCGCGAAGCAGUCGAAGUACAUGUGGGUGAGAUAUGAUCAAAUGAAAAUAGAAAUUUUGAGAGUAUAAAAUAAAGAAUGUCCAUAUGAAAUAUGAAAUAGA